AUGCAGCGAUGUAUUCUAGCAUUCUUGGCCAACACGUUCCAAAAGUGCCCAGAGCGUGUGGAACGCAAAAAGCCACAUUUCGUGCCCGAAAUUAUUGAGCGUAACACAUUACCGCAUAAAUAUAAGCGAGUACGUCGCCCCAGCGAGUCAGAUGAGGAUGCUGAGAAGUGUGCCAUAUGUUUGUCGUUAUUCGAGAUUGAAAACGAUGUGCGUCGCUUACCUUGCAUGCAUCUCUUCCACACCGAUUGCGUCGAUCAAUGGUUGGUCACCAAUAAACAUUGUCCCAUCUGUCGUGUGGACAUCGAGACACAUUUAACUAAAGAUGCGACCACUACUAGUGCUUUAUGACACUCAUCCACAACGGGGCUGCUGAUGUAAUGUGGGGAGAAAUGUGGGUGACCGGAGAGAGAAUAGAGAUACUUAAAAUCUGCAGCAAAACAUCGAAAAGAAUGCAAAGGAAAGAAAUGCGCGACGAUCGCAAUUAUUGUACAACUGAAAGUUGAUACGCCAUGAAAAGCAGAAACAUAGCCUAUAAGUUAUUUACAUAAAAGUAAAAAAAAAAGAAAUAUUAAAAAAUAUUUAUAUCCGGGUACCUACAUUCGCACCAUGAUUCAAUAAUUAUUAUAAUUAUUGAAUCAUGCAUUCGCACAUUUGCUGCAAAAGUGUCAUAAUAAUAAUGUACCCACUACCAGUAACUCACUAGAAUAAAAUAUAUAUUAAUUUUUACUAUGGGAGUAUAUAUGUAUAAACUCAAAUCUUUAAAGGCGUUUUUCUCGAUU